GAGAUCCGCGGAGCACUGUUGACAGCAGUACGCGGGACUACGUCCGUCAGUAAGGAGUAUUAUUCGGGACAAGCAGCGGCAACUAUAGCAGCGACCGAGAACUAAGAAACACGUUUCGCUGGGUAGAGAAAGAAGACGAAGUGUGACAAGUGGCGGAGCUGUCUUUAUUGAAGUUAAAAGGUGUCCAUUAGUUACUACUCCUCAACAACCAUCAGAACUCUCUGAAAACCUGAACAUGUGUAUCAGAAGACCCCUGGGGUUCCACUCAGAACACACUCCUGCUGUGGAAGACAUGCCAAUCUACAGAGACGACUGCCUGUGGGGUUGCCGUGCAACAGAGGUGCAGUAAUUCCACCCAGACCACACCCCCAACCCCCAACCCACACCUAACACCCCCUCGCCCUCCUGACUCCUCCCACUCGGCUGUGAUUGACGUGCGGUCGCCAUGGCGUCGGAGCUGGAGAGCAGCCUGACCUCCAUGGACUGGCUGCCCCAGCUGAGCAUGCGUGCCGCCCUGCAGAAGUCCGGCGGGCCAGCAGGGGGCGGCGCUGGGGUGGGAGCGGGCAGGAAGGCCGGGCUGCCGGACCCGCCGACAGCGUCGCUGGAGCAGGACGAGCUGCAGCACCGCGACGGGAAGCCGCCGUACAGCUACGCCUCCCUCAUCACCUUCGCCAUCAACUCCUCCGCGCGCCGACGCAUGACCCUCAGCGAGAUCUACCAGUGGAUCUGCGACAACUUCCCCUACUACAGAGAGGCCGGCAGCGGAUGGAAGUCUCAGACGCCAGUCUCAGGGGCCAAUGUCAGACACCAAUGUCAGGGGCCAGUCUCAGGGGCCAGUCUCAGGGGCCAGUCUCAGGGUGUAGUGCCAGUUGCUCAGAGGAACAAGGGAGCCGCCGGGAAUGGAACCCACGACUCGCCCAGUUCCUUACCCACGACUCGCCCAGUUCCUUACCCACGACUCGCCCAGUUCCUUACCCACGACUCGCCCAGUUCCUUAGCAACUACAGGGGGUUCAUACUGGGCCAUCGAUACAAACCCAAAGGAGGACACACUGCCUACUCGCCCAAAGAAGAGGCCUCGCUCUGGAGAGAGGGCCUCUACUCCUUACAGUGUGGACUCAGAGGGACUGGGAAAGGAAUGCACCUCUCCAGCUCUCUCCACCAACUCUCCCACCAGCAAGGUUGGGGCUCAUGUGGAUUCUCAGACCUUCAUUGCAUCAGACAGGGAUAAGCCCCUCCCCUUCCCUCUGGCUGAUCGGAACAAGCCCCUCCCUUUCCAAGCAUCAGAGUGUGAUAAGCCACUCCCCUUUAGUGCGGCAGAGAGAGAUAAGCCCCUCCCCUUCUCCAAUUUCCAGGAUCUCAGUGCUUCUUUCCGCAGCCUCUACAAGUCUGUGUUUGAGCAGUCCUACUCUCAAGGUCUGACCAACCUGUCUUCUGACGCCUUCCAGAGCAGGACCAGCUGCACCUACCAACACACACACAGCCCCAGUGCCAACACUCAAACUCAGAACAACACACACACACUCCCACACACACUCCAGCUUCAGACCCCACUCUCGUCUCCACACACACCACAUGGACACCAAAACACACUCCACACACACCCAAACCAACAUGCUACACACACACAGUACCCCGGGCAGCACAGCACACACACACACACACAGCUCUCAAGCAUUCACACAACUCAUAACCAGUACCCUGCUCAGCAGAGCUCAUACACACAGCAAGCAGCAAAUCAGCACAGCACACACACACAGCAUUCUAACACACACAACACACAGACCCAACACCCUAAUCAACACAGCACACACCACAACACACACACACAACUUCCAAAUCAACACAACACACACACACAACAUCCAAACCCACACGCUACACACACCCAGCACACCACACACACUGCGACACACACCCCCCUCUCCUCUGCUCACCCAGUCUACUCACAGGCCCAGGGGCAACACUCUACCCACAGUGCACCACAGCUUGGGCCGCACUCUACCCAUAAUGCCUCUCCACAUGGACCCCACUCUACCCAUAAUGCCCCUCAGCAUGGACCGCACUCUACCCAGCAUCCUCCACUGCAUUCAACCCACUCUCAGCCACAGAUGCCCAGCAGCGGUGCGGGGUCUGACUGGGUUCCUGAUCUGGAUGCUCUGAAGGAGAGCUGUAAAAUUGCCAGCAGUUUCAAUUGGGCUGAUGUGGAUCUCUCUCCUUUCCAAGGUCUGAGGGACAGCAUGCGUCAGGCAGAGAUGAAUAACUGGGAUCUAGACCCCUCCCAGAUAGCAGACCUCUGCUCUUCUAUCAACCAAUUCCUGUCCAGUACCGGCGUUAUCCCUGCCCUCCCCACCUGCCAGGCCCCACCCACUGGGCACGCCCCUCUGCAGCACAGCAAGAGCAGCUCACAGAUGGGCUCAGGUAAUGUGUAUGAGGAUGGUCAGGGGCUGUCCUGUAUGCUCGGGCCACAAGGCUACUCUCACCUGGCCUCACUGGGUACCGCUGCCACCAUGCCAGGUGUGGGACACCAGCAGCGUAUGAUGUCUGCAGGAAACUUCUCUCUCCGCCGCCCCCCCGCCGACGACAUCCAGGAUGACUUCGACUGGGACUCUAUCGUUUGACUGGACUCUAUUGUUUGACUGGACUCUAUCGUUUGACUGGACUCUUGGACUCUAUCGUUUGACUGGGACUCUAUCGUUUGACUGGACUCUAUCGUUUGACUGGACUCUAUCGUUUGACUGGAAUCUUGGACUCUAUCGUUUGACUGGGACUCUAUCGUUCGUUUGACUGGACUCUAUCGUUUGACUGGACUCUAUUGUUUGACUGGACUCUAUCGUUUGACUGGGACUCUAUUGUUUGACUGGACUCUAUCGUUUGACUGGGACUCCAUCGUUUGACUGGGACUCUAUUAUUUAAGGCUUGGGGGUGGCACCUUUAAGAGGGGGGGGGGGGGGGGGGGGUAUUCGAUGAACCACACCCCCUACCCUCAGAACUUCUACUCCUGUCACAGAGAAGCCAAUCCUGUGCAGGCAAUGCCACAAGCUCCGCCCCCUGAAGAUGGCCUGCCGGUCUUAUCAGGAGAAGAUAGCGAGAGUUUGUUUGCUGACAAUCAUAUUAGAAUAUCCUCUUUGUACUCCGUUGUUGUGUUGGAAUGUGAGUGAUUUCUCUUGUGUUGCGUUUUCUUUUGUCCCCUCUUGUAACUGCCAUUUGAAUCAUGCAAUCUGCUUUACUAUCACUUAUUGGUGAAACUUGGCUUGUGUGUGUGUGUGUGUGUGUGUGUGUGUGUGUGUGUGUGUGUGUGUUUAAACGAGAGAGAGAAAAUAGCUAUUUGCAACAUUAGCAUUUACCAGUUCGAGGCAGAAAAUAAAUGUGUGUGUGUGUGUGUUUGUGUGUUUGUGUGUGCAGGGCAAAGCGAGGUUUAGUGUUGAUGUGUGUGUGAGUGUGUAUUUUGGAAGAGUUGAAUCCUCCAGAUGGUCUUUAGACCAGAGAGAGUGCUAAACUGGGUAUGUAAGUGAAGAGUUACGUUACAGUGUGUGUGUGUGUGAGUGUGUGUGUGAGAGUGUGUGUGUGUGUGUGUAUGUGUGUGUUUGUGUGAGAGAGACCAUGGACAGACCCAGAGUGUGAUUAAAAACACAAUGUUUGAAGUGCUGUUUAGACCCAAUUGGUUCUGCUGUGAUAGACACACACACACACACACUAGCCAGGCCUGAUCUCCUCGUCACUGUUAGGAUUGAGUUUCUGUGCUGCUGACCCCAGCACCUGUCAGAAAGACGGAUGUGUGUGAGCGCUACUGACCUCUGAGUGGACGUGCAGUGUGUUGGGUCUAGGGCAAAGGCUGUGUGUGUGUGUAUGUGUGUAUGUGUAUGUGUAUGUGUGUAUGCUGGACGCUGACUGUUUUGUGCCAAAAGUUGAAGGCAGAGAUUGGGUGUGGCUGUCUGAUCUGUGUGUAUGUGUGUGUGUAUUUGUGUGUGUGUGUGUAUUUGUGUGUGUGUGUGUGUGUGUGUGUGUGUGCGUGCGUGCGUGCGUGCGUGCAUAUAUGAGUGAGAAUGUGUGUGUGUGUGUGUCUAGCUGGGUUUUGAGGCAGAGAUUGCGUGUAUGUGUGUGUGUGCGUGUGUGUAUGUGCGUUGACGGUCUUCGGCCAAGUGUUGAGGGAGAUAUUUUGUUGGUGUGUGUAGAGGUUGUGUGUGUGUGUGUGUGUGUGUGUGUGUGUGUGUGUGUUGGGUGUGGUUCUCUAAGGAAAGGGAGCUGCUGUGAGAAGCUCUGGUCUAGGCAGGCAAGGAGCAGCUGGCAGCUGGAGGACUACAGCUAAUGCUACUGGUAUUCAGCUCUGUCACAACUGACGUCAGGUUUCACCCCUCACACACACACACACUCACACUUCCACAUUCACACACAUUCCCUCAACGACGCCUACACAUACACAGAUGCGUGCUCAUGUAUACUCACUCACUCAGAUGUACACAGACACACACACACACAGACACACACACACACACACACACACACACACCAGAUGAAGUGUGUUUACAGCAGGCACUACAUACACUCCAAUGUCUGUUUGAGAAUAAAGGGUUAUGGGUAGUGAGAUUGGAGAAGGGGAGCAGGGGGUUAUGGGUAGUGAGAUUGGAGAGGGGGAGCAGGGGGU